GCCACAAGCCCCAGGGCCGCGGGGCGUGGCGGGCACGUGGUGCGGAGCCCGGAGGCGGCGGCGGCGCGAGCGGCGGCGGCUGCCCAGGCGACGGAGGUCGACCCCUGCCUCUCGGACUCUUUUCGGCAGCUCAAUGGCCUCCCCAAAGAAGAAACUUCAAGGUCUUGUCGCUGCAACCAUCACACCGAUGACUGAGCAUGGAGAAAUCAACUUUUCGGUAAUUGGUCAGUAUGUGGAUUAUCUUGUGGAAAAGCAGGGAGUAAAGAAUAUUUUUGUGAAUGGCACAACGGGAGAGGGCCUAUCCCUGAGCGUCUCAGAGCGCCGCCAGGUCGCAGAGGAGUGGGUGACAAAGGGGAAGAACAAGUUGGAUCAGAUAGUAAUUCAUGUGGGAGCACUGAGCUUGAAAGAGUCCCAAGAACUGGCCCAACAUGCAGCAGAAAUAGGAGCUGAUGGCAUUGCUGUCAUUGCUCCUUUCUUUCUCAAGCCAUGGAACAAAGAUGUCCUGACUAAUUUCCUAAAGGAGGUGGCUGCAGCUGCCCCCGGCUUGCCGUUUUAUUACUAUCACAUUCCUGCCCUGACAGGGGUAAAAAUUCGUGCUGAGGAGUUACUGGAUGGGAUUCAGGAUAAGAUCCCCACCUUCCAAGGGCUGAAAUUCAGUGACACAGAUCUCCUGGACUUCGGGCAAUGUGUUGAUCAGAAUCGCCAGCGACAGUUUGCUUUCCUUUUUGGAGUGGAUGAGCAACUGUUGAGUGCUCUGGUGAUGGGAGCAACAGGAGCAGUGGGCAGAUGGGUUUCCUCUGCUUCAGUGUUCACAUGACCAGUCUUGGUUGCCCAAACAUGGCAUCUCAGGAUAUCAUUAGACAGCACUGCCUUGUCAGGUGUCCACCUAAGGUCCAGGCAGCUGCAGCCAGGAAAGUAGAAUUCCGUAUCCUAAUGUCUACUCAGCAGAAGGCUUUGGGAAAGCAGGCAGUACAAUUGGCAUGUCCACUGCUCAUGUUAACCAAAUUCUUUAGAAAGUGCCUGCAAGAGAUAGAUUGAAAUAUUUACAUGAACUGAAAGUGCAUUUCCUUCCUGUAGGAAAAGUACAGGGGAAGCAAAAUAAUAUUGAUAACAUGUCUUGGUGAGCAUGGCUUUGAUGAAGAGUAAUUGAGCUGGAUAAUCUUAAUGGUUUGCUCACCAAGCCCGAAUGGCCUGCAACAUCCAUUCAGGGCCAUCCAUUCAGGGCCAUCCAUACAGGGAUAUUUUUACCAAGGAAACCUGAAUGUCUGCAUCUGCUGACCAUGGAAAUUCUCACUUUUUUUGCCUGGAAAUUUUUACUACAUUGACUCUUGGUUUUUGGCUUCCAUACUAGACAUUUUAAUUCUGUCAACAUAAUCUAUAAGUAAAGUAUAUUUAGUUAGACUUCACUUCUUCUUAAUUAUAAUCACAUUCUUCUUUGUCUUACUGAGGAAACACCAAGACCUCUGGGAUCUAAAUUUUAGUAUUCUGGAACCCUUCAGACAUUCAUGAACAUAUUAUGACUUAGAGGUACUUCAUAUCCAUGAGUGACUUAUCUCAGCUAUUAUAUUUGAUCUUUUUUUAACUUUAUUUCCAGCAGAUAAUGUGAAAUUCAUGUUCUGGGAAUCCUUUGCUUUUGACAUUCUGUUGUCAGUACACCAAGAUAAAUACAUUUUUCUGAUACUGACUUACAAUAUGAAAAGUCAUUAGAAACUGGAGAAACAUCCUUGUUAUAAAUUUCUAUAACCUUCUACUUCACUGGUUUCUCUAAGAAUCCAGUGCUUAGUCUAAGAUAUUGGUCUAUUGGUAGAUUGAGGCUUUUUUUUGAGUCCAUACGAACAUUUUCUCAGAUCAAAUAACUUACUCUCACCUUCAUUUCUGUUGAAUAGUAGUAGAAGGCAGCAUGAAGUGCUGGAAAGCUUUUGCAAGAACUCUGUAGCCCUUCUUUGAGCCUUAGUUUCUUCACAGCAAAAUAGAAACCAGGCCUACCUUGUAGGACCUUGAGAGGAUUAGAUAUGGUUUAUGUCAAGCACAUAGAUAUGUUGGCAUUUAAUAAGUUAUCUCUUACAGCAUAGCACAGAGAAGGCACAUAGUGUAUCUGUGGCAUCCUGCUGCACUGAUGGACAGUGACUGCAUUGGGGUAUGGGUGGGGACUUGAUAAUAUGGGUAAAUGUAGUAACCACAUUGUUUUUUCAUGUGAAACCUUCAUAAGAGUGUAUAUCAAUCAUACCUUAAUAAAAAAUUUUUAAAAAAUAACUUAUCUCUUGUUUUACUAUCAUCAUUAUUAAUAUUAUUAGAAACUAACCUGCAGACAAUAUAUUAGUUGGCAGUGAAUUUAAAUAAUCUGUUGGGGUUUGCCCCUUUUGCUGUGGUGCCCCGUCCACCUCAGCAUGAAGCUUUUAGAAGUCACCUCAGAUACUCCAUUUUAUGCACCGUUCUUUUCUAGAAUGGCGCCUCUGUGUGAGCUCUGGGGCAGGUGUUAGCCUCUGUCGUUCUCACCAAAUACACCUCCAUCUUGCCCUUUUCUUUUCUUCUUUUUCCAACUUUCCUUUUUUCCAUUUUUCUUCCUUUUCUUUAUCCCUGUUGGUGUUCUCUGCCUCCCGUUGGAACUGCUUAGUGUUGCAGGAAAAUUUAGAACUGAAGACCCCUAAUCUUAGUAGAUUAGGGCUUAAAAAUAGACUUUGGGAAGCCCUGGUAUAUUUUUCCCUUUUAAGCCCCAGAGGGGUUUAAAGAUCUGGACUUUCCUGCUGAGUCACUGAUCAUGAAGUAUGUGCUAUUUUC